CACAAUUUUAGAUUAGAAAAAAACACAACGUGACAUGUGCUUACUGUAGUUUAAACGCUCAAAAACACCAUAAUAACUUAUUAUGCUCCCCCCCAUUUUUUUUUGGGGGGGGGAGCAUAUAGUCGCCGCUUCGUCUGUCCGUGCGUGUGUCCGUCCGUCCGUGCACACUUUUUGUCCGGGCUAUUUCUCAGCAAUUAAUGACCGGAAUUCAAUUAAACUUUAUGGGAAGCUUCACUACCAAGAGGAGAUGUGCAUAUUAUCAGCCGGUUCUGGUCGGAUGAUUUUUCACAGAGUUAUGGCCGUUUGAAAUUUCCCAUUAACUGUACAUAUAGUGCAAUUCUUGUCCCCCCCCCCCCAACUACUAGACGUUUCCUUUUAUCUGAAUAUAAAGUGCAAUAUUGUGACAAAAAAACUUUGGGGAUCAUAACCCGUCUCCGACGGCUUCUUGUUAAAUAAGGAUAUAGCUUAUUAAAAUGUCACUAAACAUGCUAGACGUAUGUUAACAUAAUCUCAUGCAGAAUAAACGCACUGGGAGCAGAAGAAAGAACAGUGGAAGAGAUCCGGAAAAAGAUUUCCGACACGAAAACAAAACUGAGAAAGAAAGAAAGACAACGGCGCCUAUCAAUGAAACAAACUGGAGGGGGCCAGCAAUCACACUGGAGCAGUGGGAGGAGAAAAUGAUAGAGGUUAUUGGCGAAGAGUCGAUUGUGGGGUUCGGUGGUGUGGACACGUUUGCUGUGCAACGAACACAACAGCCGAUGAUUGCAGAGCAACAUGGUCAAUCAUGCAGUACGAUGUGUGUGGAGCCCACUGUAGCUUUAGAACCCCAGGUGGUAGGAGGAGUCGCAACUCCAAACCAAAAAACAAAAAUGAGUCCAAGCACGAAAAACAAAAGGCGGAAGACAAGUGAAGAUGGUAAUAUUUCAAGAAAUAAACUGUUGAAUUAUGUUAAUUUAUUUAAAUUUCGCAGUCAUGUUGUUUUUCUAUUGGUAUUGUAACGACUAGCCCAAUUAACAAUGGGCGAGUCGUUAUGAGGCGAGUUGUUAAUGGGGCGAGUCGUUACCUAUUCCUACCUUUGUUAAAGUCCAUUUUGCCUGAAUUUCUUUCUAUUACUAAAAAUAAACCUUUUUUUUCAGAUGACCUUGAAGAUGUCUUGCAACUUUUGAGACAGCAAAAUGAGACACUCGAUGCAAUAUUUUUAGAGCAAAGAAGAACCAGAGAACUUCUUGCAAAACUGUUUUCAUUUCCGCUUAAUGAACAAUAAAUAAUCAUUGUUUAAAGCCACACACCUUGAAAUGAAAUACAUGGCAUAGUAAGUUUAAGGAUAAAUGAGAAACAUAUUUGAUCUAUGCCAAUAAGAAUAUAUCUGGUGGUUACAAGGUAGACAUCUGUCUCUUUUGCGCUUUAAAACUUAAAAAAAUAAUUGCGUUUGUCGAAAUGUAUGUAUAUGUAUAGAAAUCCUACUUUUGGUUUUUAAAUUAAAAAAAAACAAUAAAUAACUUGCUAACAAGGCUAGAGAUUUUAUGACAAUUUUGCACAUUUUGAAAUUGCAUCUAUAUGUAUUUAUUAACAUGUACUUCAUUUCAAGGUGUGUGGCUUUAAACAUUUAUUCAUGAUAUUUGUUUUUGAUACAAUUAAAAGUUUUGUUUGGAAAAAAAUCACCUAGUGAAGUACAAUAAAUGGAAAAUAUUAUAAAUCAAAUGACAAUUUUAGCAGCAAAUUGCUAUAAAUGAAAUGUACUAAAUAUGGUGUGAAAUUAAUAAGGUUAUUACAAUUCUCUGCAAUUUUUAAGAACUAUCAAAAAAUA